AUGGGAGGUGCUCCGUGUGUGACCCCAACGUGCAGCAAGAGCGGCUCGCUCAUCUGUCCGACAUGCAAGAAGUUGGGCAUCCCUCCGGCCAUGAGCACCUUCUGUUCACAGGAGUGCUUUAAGGGCUAUUGGUCCUCACACAAGGCGCUGCACAAGAUGUUCACACAGGCCAUGGCCGAGGAACAGGCACGCAAUGAGAACGCCUCGCCCUUUGACGGCUUUGAGUUCACUGGAAAAUUGCGACCUGGCGAGAUCUCGGAUAUGAGCACCGUGCCUGAGCACAUUAAAUGUCCAGACUACGCCGAGACGGGCAUCCCCGUGUCGGAGCAGCAGGCUAGUAAGGCCAUCCCCAUCUACACGCCUGAACAGAUCGCUGGCAUCCGUGAGGCCUGUCGCCUUGGUCGUGAGGUGCUGGACAUCGCUGGAAAGGCACUGCGCCCCGGUGUUACCGGUGACGAGAUCGACAAGAUCGUGCAUCAAGCCUGUAUGGAACGAGAGUGCUACCCGUCACCACUCAACUACUACCACUUCCCCAAGUCUGUCUGUGUUUCGGUGAAUGAAGUCAUUUGCCACGGUAUUCCAGACUCGCGUCCUAUUGAGGACGGAGACAUUGUAAACCUCGAUGUGACGGUGUACAAGAAUGGCUACCAUGGAGACCUGAACGAUACAUUCCUGGUAGGCAACGUGGACGAGGACGGUGUGCGGCUGGUCAAGACGGCGUUCGAGAGUCUGGAAGUGGCCGCCAAACUCAUUCGUCCCGGUACGAUGUUCCGUGAACUGGGUAAACACAUUGCAGCUGUGGCUAAUGCCCAGGACUUCUCGGUCGUCAAGACGUACUGCGGUCAUGGCAUCGGCUCACUCUUCCACUGUGCGCCAAAUGUCCCUCAUUACGCGAAAAACAAGGCUGUCGGUAUCAUGAAGCCCGGUAUGAUCUUUACGAUUGAGCCCAUGAUCAAUAUGGGAACGUGGCGUGACAAGACGUGGCCGGAUGACUGGACGGCCGUGACGCAGGAUGGUCAACGCUCGGCCCAAUUCGAACACACGUUCCUCGUGACGGAGACAGGCUACGAGAUUCUCACUGCGCGCGAGAAUGAACCAGUGAUGGAGUGGAAUCUUGCCAAGGUGCAGCGACCGUAA